UUAUUAUUUCCAGUACAGUACAGAUACCGACCUGUAUUGCUCACAAGUCACAUCCAACAUUGAUUAGCUUCAACAACAUCUUAUUGAAAGAAGAUUUGAAGUAUUGAGCACGACUGAAAACGACGAGAACGCUUGUUACACUAUAGUUCAUUAGAUUUCUGCUAAAGUGAGUUACAAGGCUCUUCUUAUUUUUGCAGUUAUAUGGCGGACAAUUCAAGCAUUUGCGAACUGCCAUAUUCUCAUUCAGUCGGUAUAGCCACAGUAAAUGCUAUAUUCUGUAUUUUGGGUGUGGUUGGUAACAGCCUGGUGCUGGUAGCAGUGUUCAGAACCGUGGAAUUACGUACACUAAGUAAUUUUUAUUUGGUCGCGCUAGGCAUUGCUGAUUUUCUCACGAGCGCCAUAGUUCAGCCGUUGUUAAUUGUCAUGGUAAUUAAAGAAAGCCGAGGGGAGUGUGACAAAACAUUGGAAACAGUUUUUCGUGGUUUAGGAAAUUUCUCGGCUGCCGCUUCUUUUCUUGUUUUAUUGUUUAUUACAACCGAACGUUUCCUUGCAGUGAUGAAACCGAUUGUGUAUAAAAAUUUUCACCCCAGACGCAGGUUCGCAAUUUUUAUUAGCAUCAGCGUGAUAGUUCCAUUGGUCUACACUAUCCUUCGUCUUGCAGUCAGCAAAAAAGCAACAUCAUAUUUCUCUGCCGCAUUAUUCGUGCUUGGUUAUAUCUAUAUCGUAGCAUGCUACCUCAUAAUUUUACUGAAGUUGAAACGUCAAAGCAGGAAAAUGGAAACGUCAACAAGUACAACCCAUGAAAAUAAAAGUUCAACACGCCAUGCUGAAAAGGUGGUUACUUCGACUAUGGCACUAGUGGUUGGACUCUUCACCAUCAUGUGGAUACCGUUCUUCUAUUUUCGCAUAUCGCAACCUUCGACUAACAGUGGUCUGGGUUAUAACUGGGUUCGAACAACAGCAAUCAGUAAUUCGGCUUUAAAUUUCAUCGUGUAUGCUUUUCGAAUGAAGAGAUUCCGAAAUGCAUUCAAGGCUACAAUCAGUGAUGGUUUUCAUACGAUGUUUCAAUCGCGAUCAAUCGCAAGCACAGCCGUGAAUGCUUAACAGUUUAACUUUUGUAAAUUAUAUAUACGGUAUAUGAUUCAGGAUUAUUCAGUUGGGGACUUAGCCAGGGGCCGGUUUUAUCAAGCCCGUUUAGCUCAAAAUAGAAAGCAACUCUAUCGUUUUAUUCAAGAA